AUGGCUCCAGCAGGACACCCCUGGAUGUGGAUGGCCGGUGCCCUGAUCACAGCCCUGAUGAUGGGAGUGACAGAACCUCUUCUUGCAAAUGAUGCUACCUCCUGCGACAACCCCUCUGACACCGGGCCCUCUGGAAGCACUCGGGACAUUGGAGGUGGGGCCAAGGAGGACACCAGGGCAGACGAAGGCAGCAGCAGCCGCAUCGUGAAUGGGUCCGACUGCGAGAUGCACGCCCAGCCGUGGCAGGGUGCGCUGUUGCUGCAGCCCAACCAGCUCUACUGUGGGGCCGUGCUGGUGAAUCCGCAGUGGCUGCUCACAGCAGCCCACUGCCGGAAGCCAUUUUACAGAAUUCGCCUUGGCCACCAUUCCCUGUCACCCGUUUAUGAAACUGGGCAGCAAUUGUUCAAAGGGAUCAAAUCCAUCCCCCAUCCUGGCUAUUCCCAUCCUGGCCACUCCAAUGACCUCAUGCUCAUCAAACUGAACAGAAAAAUUCGUGAGACUCAGGCUGUUAAACCCAUCAACAUCUCCCCUCACUGUCCCACUGCUGGGACCAGCUGCUUGGUUUCUGGCUGGGGAACAACCAGCAGCCCCCACGUUAAAUUCCCCAAGGUCCUCCAGUGCUUGAACAUCACUGUGCUAAGUGCUGACAGGUGCAGGAAGGCCUAUCCAGGACAGAUAGAUUCCACGAUGUUCUGCGCUGGCGAUGAGGCGGGAAGAGACUCCUGCCAGGGUGAUUCCGGGGGACCUGUGGUCUGCAAUGGCUCCCUACAGGGCCUUGUGUCCUGGGGAGACUUUCCCUGUGCCCAACCAAACAGACCUGGUGUCUACACCAACCUCUGCCAAUUCACUAAGUGGAUCAAGGACACCAUUCAGUCGAACUCAUGA